AUUACUAAUUAAAAACAGUAACAAAGAAAUAAUAUUUAAAUCCACAAUUUUAAAACGUAAAAAUUUACAAAUAAGUUCAUUAACCGACCUUGUUCUCAUACUUGACUGAUCCGGAGUCAAGAACAGUUUUUUAUCCAGUUGCACAUUCCUCUGCAACAUCCACCUUGAAGGUAUCGAUUAAUUUUGCAACAAUUACACAAUUAAUCACUAUAUAUAACUGGUACCUUUUCAAUUUACUCAUUAGUAGUCUAAAAAUGUGCGUCAAACUAAUCAUCACCCUGUUCCUAUUAAUUUUUGUGCAAUGUCAUCAUUGCAAUGAGUUCCGUGAAGUAUCGGGGGGCGGCAAUAAUUUCGAAGUGAAUGGGCAGUUAGAAAGUGGAGAAAGGGGCGAAAAGGGAUAUAAGGCGAUUGAAGUCAAAGAGAGCGGCAACAGGGGACAUCACGACAAAGAAGGGCAGAAGACGAAUUAUGGCGAGAAAGGUGGCACUAAACAAGGGAAUUUCAAUCAGAAUGGAUAUUAUGGUGUUCAAAGAAAAGAAGGGAAGGGAGAUAAUGGAUAUUCUUACCAAGAUCAAGGGCACUAUUCCAAAGGACACAGCACCAAAGGGCAUCACAAAGUCCACAAGCUUGACGAGUUCAACAAGAAAAAGAAGUUUUUUGAUGUAGACCACGACGAAGCUUUUAAGGAAUCGCAUGGAGGUUAUGAAAUAACGAAAGCUUUUAAUUUAAAAGACAACAAUGAAAGUGGUGACUUGAAAAAUGCUUAUAUUAAAACCAAAUUUGGAGUGUAUGGAGAAGCUGAAAAAGGGGCAGAUUCGUUAGAAAAAAUCGGAUUCGAUAAGAAAUUUGGAAAUGAUGGUUUUUUCAAAAAUAACAAGUUGUUCCUCAAGAAGUUUGAAAUAGGAGACUUUAAGACAUUUGGAUAUACUCAUCAAUAGUCAAGUGCUAGAGUUAUAUAUUUAAUAUUAUUUAUUUAAAUAAAUGUUUUUUAUA